GGUUGAUAGUCGACCCGUUGAAAGUAGUGACGAGCGCUGGCUGAAGAAAACGUGGAAAAGUUUGGACUUGGAGGCAGGGCGAUUUUUUUGACGUGUCCACGACAGAAAGAAGAGAAUAUUAUUCACAGAGAAAGGGAAUCAAGACGCUUUGAACGUCGUGGAAAAAGGGGAACAGAAUACACCCCGACUUGCGAUAGCUGUUUAUAUUUGAGAAGUGCGAUGGCGCCCUCUCUCUCGCAGGCCUAUAGGAGGCGCUGGUGGAUGGCAUGCACGGCGGUGGUGGAGAACCUGCUCUUCUCAGCUGUGCUGCUCGGCUGGGGCUCGCUGCUCAUUAUGCUGAAGAAUGAGGGCUUCUACUCUCACCUGUGUACAGAGAAUGUGACAGAGAGCGGUAAUGUCAGUGUGUGGGACAGUGAGGAGUGGCUCAGCUGUGUGGAGCAGGAGGAGAUGCUGAACCUGGGCUUCACCAUCGGCUCCUUCCUCCUCAGCGCAGCCACCCUCCCCCUUGGCAUCCUGAUGGACAAGUACGGGCCCCGCCCCCUCCGGCUGCUGGGCAGCGCCUGCUUCGCCUUCUCCUGUGCCCUGAUCGCAGCUGCAGCCUACGACCCCCCAGUCCUCUCCGCACUCAUCUUCAUCGCGGUGUCCUUCAAUGGCUUUGGAGGAAUCUGUCUAACCUUCACUUCCCUCACGUUACCAAACAUGUUUGGAAAUGUUCGUUCCACCAUCUUAUCCAUCAUGAUUGGAUCCUACGCCUCCUCUGCUGUUACCUUCCCUGCAGUGAAGCUGAUAUAUGAUGCAGGCGUGUCCUUCCGUGUGAUCAUGUGGGUGUGGGCGGCGCUAGCGUGCCUCGUCUUCCUUAACUGCUUCCUGAACUGGCCUGUGGAGUCCUUCCCCGCCCCUGAGGAGAUGAGCUACACGAAGAACGUCAAGCUGAGCGGCCUGGCUUUGGAUCACAAGGUGACCGGCGACCGCUUCUACAGUCAUGUGACCACGGUGGGCCAGCGUCUGAACCAGAAGCAGCGAGAGGCGGAGCUCUCCUCCGAGCAUAUCCACAGCGCUGCCGCUGAAACCCAGCCCGGGUCCCCCCCGUUCCGCAGGUCCGUCUGCUCCCCCAUCUUUCUGUGGAGUCUCAUCACCAUGGCAAUGACACAGCUCCGCAUUAUAUUCUUCAUGGGGGCCAUGAACAAGAUGCUGGAGUUCCUGGUAACCCAUGGCGACCCACACCCCACUGCCGACUUGGUACAGGAAGCAGAGGAAGAAGUGGCGUUCUACUCCUCCAUCUUCGGCACCCUGCAGCUGCUUUGCCUGGUCUCCUGUCCCCUGAUUGGCUACAUCAUGGACUGGAGGAUGAAGGAGUGUGAGGAGGACGGGACAGUGCUGGAGGGAGAGAAGAGCCUCCCAGGGCCUCCAAAGAGAGACAGAAAGAUCCAGAAACUGACUAACGCCGUAAGAGCCUUCAUCUUCACCAACCUGCUGCUGGUCAUCUUCGGAAUCAUCUCCCUGAUAGACAAUCUACCCAUACAGAUCGUCUCGUUCAUCUUGCACACUGUAGUGCGAGGCUUCAUCCACUCUUGCUGCGGUGGUCUGUAUGCUGCUGUGUAUCCCUCCAACCAUUUCGGGACCCUGACGGGGCUGCAGUCCAUGAUCAGUGCGCUGUUUGCCCUCUUCCAGCAGCCCCUCUUUAUACUCAUGGUGGGACCCUUAAAGGGAGACCCCUACUGGAUCAACCUGGGCCUGCUCAUUUUCUCACUGGCCGGGUUCCUGUUACCUGGCUACCUCUUCUAUCACCGUACGCACCUCAUCCAGGAGAAGGCAAUGCAGGAACAAGAGACUCUCAACCAAUCAGAGAACACUGACCCCAAAUACCAUAGCAACGGUCACCUUGCACAUGAAGCUUAGGGUUAUAUAAAUAAAUAAGAAUAUGUUCAUCAGAAUAUGGUUUCUCUCUAGUAAUAACAGUCACAAUCCAAAAAUGGACUAUGGACUUGGAAUUUUAAACUUAUACAUUUGUUGUACACACACACACACACAC